ACACUCCUCUCUCUGUAACAGUGAGAGAAUAGAGAAAAGACAUUCAGUUUAAUCGGAGGGUCAUCUUUCUGUUUCAUAUUGAGGUGUGGCCGCUUGGUGUUGGAUCGGCUAACACAGAAAGAUAUUCCCGAAUAGCAGUUAAACCUUAAGUCUCAUGAACCUUUCUUGAAAAGGUCCGCUUCCUUUUGGAAUUUCGUUUGUGAUCAUAAUAAUGGGUACGUUUUUAUUCUUGGUUUCCACUCUGGCAUUUUUGGAAUAAUUUUGUGCUUCCAAUACUAGUUUAUUACAAUGUAUGAGGAACCAGGAUGCUUCGAAUUCGAUCCCAAUAACUCCAUGGCAGAGGGUGCAGAUUCUGGGUUCCGUCGAGCUGUGGCAAACAGCCAGAAGCAGUUUGAAGAGAAUCUGAAGCUCUCUUCUGAGGAACUCUGCGCUAUGGAACUGGAGCUUCAAAAGCAUAUGGCCUUCAAUGUGGAAAACUGCGAUAACAAUACCCAUAUGAUACAACAAGUAGUUGACGAGCCAAAUCAGUUCCAUUCAUUUGAUCACUCCAACUGGAACACCGGUGAUAUAGGUUUUAAUCAAGAAGACCCACAACAAAAUGGCCAUAGGAGUUUCAAUAUCAAUUCAUUACCCCAAACACAAGACCUUCUCAAUCUCUUUCACUUGCCCGGAUCCUCUUUGCUUCCAAAUUCAUCCAUUUCCUUCGCAAACUCAAACCAUGACACUACUCCUUUGGGCUUUAUUGGAAACCUCCCAGCCUCAGAUAGCACAUCCGUUUUGUAUGAUCCGUUAUUUCAUCUCAACCUGCCCCCAGAACCUCCUUUGUUCAGGGAAUUAUUCCAAUCUAUACCCCAAGGGUACAGUUUGCCAACCUUAAGAAGUGGUGCUAAUUCUUUGUUCGGGGAUGAGAGAGAUUCAAGCGGAGUAACGGCUUACCAAGAUGGGGAUGGAGGGAUGCUGGAGUUCACAAGGGACAUGGCUUGUAUUGUUAAAGGGAGUGAAACUGGCAAGAAGAAAAAGCCCCUUACUACGGAGCGGCAAAGGAGAGAACACUGGACUGAUAAGUUCACGGCCUUGAGGAAUUUGCUUCCUAACCCUAGCAAGUCCGAUAGAGCCUCAAUUGUGGGAGAUGCUAACGAGUACAUCAACGAGCUUCUUAGGACAGUUAACGAGCUCAAAUUACUAGUAGAGAAAAAAAGAUGUGGUAGAGAGAGAAGCAAGAGGCACAAGACAGAAGACGAUGCUGCAGGGGAUGUUGAGAAUUGUAACAUAAGGCCUCUUGGUGAUCCCGAGCAGUCCUAUAAUGGUUCUUUAAGGAGUUCCUGGCUUCAGAGAAAAUCCAAGGAUACCGAGGUUGAUGUUCGUAUCAUUGAUGACGAAGUAACCAUCAAACUCGUUCAGAGAAAGAAGAUCGACUGCUUGUUGUUUGUUUCCAAAAUUCUUGACGAGCUUCAGUUGGAUCUCCACCAUGUUGCCGGUGGCCACACUGGCGAUUACUACAGCUUUCUGUUCAACACAAAGAUAUAUGAAGGAUCUUCUGUUUAUGCAGGCGCGAUAGCCAAUAAGGUCAUUGAGGUUAUGGACAGAGAAUAUGCAGCUGUUCCAACCACAAGUAGCUAUUAGGAUUAAACGAGAUAUGAUUCUACUGGAUAUUAAGAUCUUUUGCUUUCUUGAAUGUCAUAGACUGGUAGUACUUAACAUUUAAAAAUAUUGGUUGGAGGAUGGCUAUUCCCAAGUUCCAGGCUUCAUGCUUUUCAAGCUAACUGG